AUGUCUCAUAUUUUUAAUAUUCCCGGACAGCACUUGUCUGGCCGACUUUUACUCGCCGCAAGUUCGAAAAAGAAAUUGGCUCCAGGGAUAACAGCGACAGAACACCUGGCCGAGAACCUUCGCCCAAGCCAACCCUCAACGCCGGAUACGAUAUUGAGUAUUUCCAGGAACCGCCAAGAUAGCUUUAACCCCGGAUACGACGAAGCGUGCUCGUUGGUCCGCCCCGGGAGUGGCAUGCUGCUCCGCGGUCGAGCUCCAAUGGGAGGGGCCGUAGCGCGCGGAUGGCGGAUUGAUAGGACGAGGAGGCGUGUGAGGGUCUUGGCGAACCGGCGUCAUCGUCACCCGUCGGAGAGCUUCCAUGCAGGCUAA